AUGCAUAGAGAAUUCUAUACUGUGAAAAUAGGAAAUUUCACCUUUGAGGUUGAUAAACGUUAUCAAAACUUGAAGGUGAUAGGAAAUGGAUCGUAUGGAAUAGUAUGCUCGGCAGAUGACGUGAUAGCGCAUCGUCAAGUGGCUAUUAAGAAAGUGAAAGACCUCUUUCAAGAUUCCGUUGAUGCGAAACGGAUGUUGAGGGAGAUCAAAAUGCUGAAAUAUUUUGGGUGCCAUGAGAACAUAAUUAGUUUGUAUGAUUUGGUCGCAAUGCCUUAUGGGGAACAGAAUUUUAGUGAUCUUUAUAUUAUUACCCAGCUUUAUGACUGUGACUUAGAACGAAUUAUCUCUUCUAAUCAACCUCUUUCAGAAUGUCAUAUCCAGUAUUUUUUAUUUCAAAUUUUAAAGGCUUUGAAGUUUCUGCAUUCUGCCAAUGUUCUUCAUCGAGACUUAAAGCCGUCAAAUAUAUUAGUGAAAAGCAAUUGUGAUCUUGCUAUUUGUGAUUUUGGUUUGGCGCGAGGCAUUGAAAACGCUUUUAUCGACAUGACCGAAUACGUGGUUACUCGUUGGUACCGUGCUCCAGAGCUCCUUUGUGAGAAUUCUACUUAUGGGUGGGAAGUGGAUAUAUGGUCCGUUGGCUGCAUUUUUGCGGAGCUUCUCGGGCGCAAGCCGCUGCUUCCGGGGAGGAACCAAAUGAACCAGCUGAAGCUGGUCAUCAAAUUAUUGGGCCCCCAGAGGGGAGAUUCGUUGCGAUGCAUCCAGAAACAGUCGGCUCGCAACGUCGUCGAGAAGUUAAACUACGGUCCUCCGACAUCGUUUCGCGAGCUUUUUCCAGAAGCCUCGGAGAACGCAAUCGACCUUUUAAGUCGAAUGCUGGUGUUCGAUGCGUCAAAACGCAUUUCAGUGGAUGACGCGUUGUGCCAUCCGUUUUUAGCCGCGCUGACGCGCGCGCACCCGCAGUUUCUGGUCACCAAACCGCUCGUUUUUCGUUUUGAACACCAGUAG